AGACAGACAGGGUGGCUGUACAGAAGGGGUGAGGUUUUUGAAGCAGCUGGAAGUCCUGGAAGUCUGGUUUCCACCUUGAGAGCCUCUUUCCAAAGGCAAUGCGCACCCAGGCACCGGAGGGCAGAGGUGCUUGGAAAUCCCAGGAGCCCGGGCAACACCUCAUCCAGAACCUCUUCCUCAAGCAGGACGAAAAGCUGCUAAGCAUCACUCCCUCCAUCUCUGUGGAGAGACCAGCUUCUAACAGAGGCGCUGGGCUGACUCCCAUCAUGCCAGGUCGGCUCACCCUUCCCACACUCUGCCGCUUCCUUCUCCCCUGGGCCUGCACCAUCUUCCACAGAGCCCAGGGAGACCCAGCAUCCCACCCGGGCCCCCACUACCUCCUGCCCCCCAUCCACGAGGUCAUUCACUCUCAUCGUGGGGCUACGGCCACGCUGCCCUGCGUCCUGGGCACCUCGCCUCCCAGCUACAAGGUGCGCUGGAGCAAGGUGGAGCCGGGGGAGCUCCGGGAAACGCUGAUCCUUAUCACCAACGGACUGCAAGCCCGGGGCUACGGGCCCCUGGGAGGACGCGCCAGGAUGCGGAGGGGGCAUCGGCUAGACGCCUCCCUGGUCAUCGCGGGCGUGCGCCUGGAGGACGAGGGCCGGUACCGCUGCGAGCUCAUCAACGGCAUCGAGGAUGAGAGCGUGGCGCUGACCCUGCGCCUGGAGGGUGUGGUGUUUCCGUACCAACCCAGCCGGGGCCGGUACCAGUUCAAUUACUACGAGGCGAAGCAGGCCUGCGAGGAACAGGACGGACGCCUGGCCACUUACGCCCAGCUGUACCAGGCGUGGACUGAGGGUCUCGACUGGUGUAACGCGGGCUGGCUGCUCGAGGGCUCCGUGCGCUACCCGGUGCUCACCGCGCGCGCUCCGUGCGGCGGCCGAGGCCGGCCCGGCAUCCGCAGCUAUGGGCCCCGCGACAGGAAGCGCGACCGCUACGACGCCUUCUGCUUCACCUCGGCGCUGGCGGGCCACGUGUUCUUCGUGCCCGGGCGGCUGACUCUGUCUGAAGCCCACGCGGCGUGCGGGCGGCGUGGGGCCGUGGUGGCCAAGGUCGGGCACCUCUACGCCGCCUGGAAGUUCUCGGGGCUGGACCAGUGCGACGGCGGCUGGCUGGCGGACGGCAGCGUGCGCUUCCCCAUCACCACGCCGCGGCCGCGCUGCGGGGGCCUCCCCGACCCCGGGGUGCGCAGCUUCGGCUUCCCCAGACCCCAGCAAGCGACCUACGGGACCUACUGCUACGCCGAGAAGUAGGGGCCUGCCGGACCCCUUCGUCGUGGCGGGGUCUCUCGCCGCCCCUUUCCCGCGAGCCUCCCGCCAGACGCGGAGCGGCCGCUCCAGACCUGCCUCCCCCACCGGGGGCCGCGGGCCACGGACCCCGGCAGGUCCGGCGUCGGGGAGGGGAGGUGGUGGCGCCCCCGGCGGC